GCUUUUCUUAACUUAUUUUUGGAAUUAGAUUUUUUGUGGAAAAAUUAUGUCUUCAGUAUCUGCAUCACCAAUUAGUCAUAUUAGUGUUGAUGACGAGAUUCAAUCAAGAGACGAAAGAGAUUAUUCACCAGAGUUAUUGACAAUUAAACAAGAGCGUUCAUCAAGUAUAUCUCCAAUGCUCACCCCACCGCAUACACCAACUGAUGAAAGAUUAAGUAUAAGCAGUAAUUCUAGAAAAUCCCAAAAUAGCCCACUUUAUGAAAUGGAACAACUAAGACAACAAAAUACAAUUAAUAUUAAUGCUUCCGCAAAUAAUCUUUUACUGCCACCAACACAUAUUCCAACGCAUAAUAAUAUUGGAACAUAUCAAACAUCGCAUGGAUCUCCACAACAUCAACAGCAGCAUCAACAACAGCAAUCAUCUCAAACAAACCAUUUAGAAUUUCAACAUCACCAGCAAGUUCAGCAUCGUUUAUGGUUGCAACAACAAUUACAACAGCAACAUCACCAACAACAUCAUCAUCAAACAUCAACAGUUCCGUCAACAAUUCCAACUACCUAUCCAACAAUACCUUAUCCAUCAACAGCUGCAGCUUUAGCAGCAUCAGCUGCAACAACACCAUCACUUGUCCCCGGUCACCAUCAUCAUCCACAUCAUCCGGUAACUCAAGUAGCAGCUCAAGCAGCUGUACACCAUCAAGCUUUAUUAAUGAAUCAAUGGAUUCGUAGCGCUGCAUUUUAUCAUCAUCAACAGCAAGCUCAACAUUUGCAUAUGCGUCCAUAUCCAGAUAUGCAGCGUAUACAUGCAGCACGUGCUGGUGCUUUAGGUCCCAUUAAAUUAACUGGCCCAAAUGGAACUAGACCAAAGAAACAAUUCAUUUGUAAAUACUGUAAUCGUCAUUUUACUAAAUCUUAUAAUUUAUUAAUACAUGAACGUACACAUACCGAUGAACGUCCAUAUUCAUGUGAUAUUUGUGGUAAAGCAUUUCGUCGUCAAGAUCAUUUACGUGAUCAUCGUUAUAUUCAUUCGAAAGAAAAACCAUUUAAAUGUACUGAUUGCGGAAAAGGUUUUUGUCAAUCAAGAACAUUGGCUGUACAUAAAGUAACACAUUUAGAAGAGGCGCCACAUAAAUGUCCAAUAUGUAAUAGAACAUUUAACCAAAGAGCAAAUUUAAAAACACAUAUGCAAAGUCAUGAAAAUGGUGUCAAUGGUGAAAAUAAUACUAAUAAUUCUGAAUGUAGCAAUAAUAUCUUAGAUGAUCAAUCAAAACUAAUUCAUAAUACAUCUGAUUGUUUAUUACAAACACAACAAACACAAUUACAUCAUAAUCAACAAAAUAUAAUUAAUCAUACCGAAGGAAUAACCAAAGUUAAUGGUCCAAUAUUGGAUCUAUCACAAAAAAUUAAAGAUGAAUUAAGUAAUCAACAUCAGCAACAACCAAAGAAAAAAAUAGGAUUUACAAUUGAUGAAAUUAUGCAAAGAUAGAAUUAUAAUAGGUGGUUCAUCAAUAUAAAUACGAGAUUAAAUAAUUAUUUAAUGUGGCUAAAUGACAAAUGGAACUUAAUUAAGUUCUUGUUAUUGAAGAGAUUCGAUCACAGAAAUUAUUCAAUUGGAAACGGCAUAAAAAUUAUGAAUAUAAUAAAUAUUUUGCCGAGGAUUUACAAAUAAUGGAAUGAGGACAACGAUUAUUAUAUUCCGAAAUUUAUGAUAUAAAUACGGAAUAAUAAUCAGCAACUGUUGGCAAUUUAAGCCAGUUCAAUUAAGUUCAAGAGAUGUGGCUCGAUAAUAAUGGAUUAGGUGGUUUAUUUUUUUUGCCAGGAAGAUUUAUGAAGAUAAUGUAUGUGUAAUAUUGUUAUUACAAUAUAAAUGUUAAACGUAUGUGUCAAAAUCUGAUAAAAAAGAAUCAUAAAAUUCAAUUAAAAUUUUUAAAACUAAAACC